AUGGACCCCAGCUCUCACAAACGCUAUCAUCUCCAUGAAUGGGAACCAACAGAUAUGUUUAAUGCAUAUUAUUCUACAAAAUCUGAAAAGUAUAUCACUGAUGAGUCUGUGAGAUUUCCAAUGGAACAGCUUUAUAAGGUGGCAGGGCAAGGUCAAAUGACGGGAGACUAUUUGAUUGAUAUUUCUGGUGGCUGUCAUAUUCACCAUCUAUUGCCUAUUUUUGAGUUUUUCAGAGACAUCACUAUUUUAGAAUUUAGUGAUCUCUGUGUGAAGGAACUAGUGAAAUGGAAGCAUAGGGAGUCGGAAAGCUAUGACUGGACUCAUGCCUUAUCGAUUAUGGAAGAAUUGCAAGGCUCAAGCUUCAACGGCAAUGAGAUGGAAAACGCUUUAAGAAGAAAUAUCUCACACAUUUUAAAAUGUGAUUUCACCAAGGAAAACAUUACAGAUCCAGUCGUUCUACCAAAAGCAGACUGUGUGCUCAGUUUGUACGUUUUCCAUGCGGUUUGUGAAGAUCAAGACGAAUUCUGUGGGAGCAAAUAUCACAUAUUAACAACUGAUAAGAAGUCUGUAGAGGAGGCUCUGAGAUUUGCAGGAUUUGUUAUCGAACACAUGGAAGUAAUAGAAAGCAAACUGCGCACUGACUCAAUAUAUUGUGAACAUUUGUAUUUUAUUAAGGCUUUAAAACAGAGCAAUGGGGUUAUUUAA